AUGGCGAAGAGGAGGAACCUGUCCAACCUGGUGGUGUCAUGUGAGUGGGCGUCCUGCACCUUCAAAGGCCACGGCAUGGAGGAGCUCAGCGAACACAUGUCACUGCACCUGAAGGAUCACCUAGGAGACAGAGAUGCUAUGGAGGAACUAGGUGGGUGGGUGAGGGGACCAUCAGAUGACAACUACACCUGUGUCUCAGUAUUGUCUCAAUAGUUUCCUUUCCCUAGUCUCUUCCGUCAGGUGAAAGCACAUGUAGAAUUUAAAAUCUUUCCAGCCUCUACAGUCUGUCGGUGAUUGCAAGGGAAAGUAGUCGAGGACAGGAAGCUUUUCAAAAGUAAUGAGGCACAGUUGAUUAUAUGCUCACAAGAAUACCACUAACAGCACCUACUGCCUUUUGCCAAAUAAGUGUGUUGUGUUGCUCCCUCCAGAUGACUAUGCGUGUCUGUGGGAGGGCUGUGAGUUCCUGGCUAUGGGCAGCCCCAGGGAGCUGGAGAUCCACGCACACUUCCACACCUUCCACAGCAAACUCAAGUACAUCGGGGCACAGCUGCUCAAGUCCCACCCUAACUUCCCCAGCUGCACCCAGGACCUCCACAGCAACAACCUGGUCCCCGAGAUCACAGAGGGACUUGUGUGCCAGUGGGAGCACUGUGAUGUUAGUUAAUAAUACUCAGUGACUUUGUGUACACUACCGGUCAAAAGUUUUAGAACACCUACUCAAGGGUUUUUCUUUAUUUUUACUAUUUUCUACAUUGUAGAAUAAUAGUGAAGACAUCAGAACUAUGAAAUAACACAUGGAAUCAUGUAGUAACCAAAAAAGUUAAACAAAUCAAAAUAUAUUUGAGAUUCUUCAAAUAGCCACCCUUUGCCUUGAUGACAGCUUUGCACACUCUUGGCAUUCUCUCAACCAGCUUCAUGAGGUAGUCACCUGGAAUGCAUUUAAAUUAACAGGUGUGCCUUCUUAAAAGUUAAGUUGUGGAAUUUCUUUCCUUAAUGCGUUUGAGCCAAUCAGUUGUGUUGUGACAAGGUAGGGGGGAGGGGUAUACAGAAGAUAGCCCUAUUUGGUAAAAGACCAAGUCCGUAUUAUGGCAAGAACAGCUCAAAUAAGCAAAGAGAAAUGACAGUCCAUCAUUACUUUAAAACAUGAAGGUCAGUCAAUACGGAAAAUGUCAAGAACUUUGAAAGUUUCUUCAAGUGCAGUCGCAAAAAACGCCAAGCGCUAUGAUGAAACUGGCUCUCAUGAGGACCGCCACAGGAAUGGAAGACCCAGAGUUACCUCUGCUGCAGAGGAUAAGUUCAUUAGAGUUACCAACCUCAGAAAUUGUAGCCCAAAUAAAUGCUUCACAGAGUUCAAGUAACAGACACAUCUCAACAUGUUCAGAGGAGACUGUGUGAAUCAGGCCUUCGUGAUCGAAUUGCUGCAAAGAAACCACUAAAGGACACCAAUAAGAAGAAGAGACUUGCUUGGGCCAAGAAACACGAGCAAUGGACAUUUGUCCUUUGGUCUGGAGUCCAAAUUGUAGAUUUGUGGUUCACACGCGGUGUGGGUGAACGGAUGAUUUCUGCAUGUGUAUUUCCCACCGUAAAGCAUGGAGGAGGAGGUGUUAUGGUGUGGGGGUGCUUUGCUGGUGACACUGUCUGUGAUUUAUUUAGAAUUCACUUAACCAGCAUGGCUACCACAGCAUUCUGCAGCGAUACGCCAUCCCAUCUGGUUUGGGCUUAGUGGCACUAUCAUUUGUUUUUCAACAGGACAAUGACCCAACACACCUCCAGGUUAUGUAAGGGAUAUUUUACCAAGAAGGAGAGUGAUGGAGUGUUGCAUCAGAUGACCUGGCCUCCACAAUCCCCCGACCUCAACCAAAUUGAGAUGGUUUGGGAUUAGUCGGACCGCAGAGUGAAGGAAAAGCAACCAACAAGUGCUCAGCAUAUGUGGGAACUCUUUCAAGACUGUUGGAAAAGCAUUCCAGGUGAAGCUGGUUGAGAGAAUGCCAAGAGUGUGCAAAGCUGUCAUCAAGGCAAAGGGUGGCUAUUUGAAGAAUCUCAAAUAUAUAAAAUAUAUUUUGAUUUGUUUAACACUUUUUUGGUUACUACAUGAGUCCAUAUAUGUUAUUUCAUAAUUUUGAUGUCUUCACUAUUAUUCUACAAUGUAGAAAAUAGUAGUGUAUGUGAUAUACACCCUCAGUGACUUUGUUGUUUUGCUACAGAGUACAUUUAACAACCCGGAGUGGUUCUAUCGGCAUGUAGAUAUGCACGCUCACUGCACUGGGCUUUCUCCUCUCCCAGACCAGCAACAGGCCAUCUUCUGCAGCUGGAAAGGUACUGCUAGGGGAAAGGAAGGGAUAUCAGCACAGCCUUUCCUGCUGUAGUGAUGCAUUGAAUACACUGAUGUUUUGUUGGCCUGCUUCAGCUGAUACCCUCUUCAUGUGUUUCCACAGGUUGUGAUGCAUUCUUUAAAAUCAAGUACCGUCUGCGAGAGCACCUGCGCAGCCACACUCAGGAGCGUCUGGUGGCCUGCCCCACCUGCGGCUGCAUGUUCUCCAGCAACACCAAGUUCUUCGACCACAUCCACAGACAGGCCGAGCCAGAGGGUGAAUGGGCUCAGCUCUGCCUGGCCAGUAGUCACUGUUUUACAGCUUAUAGGCAGAUAUGUUAUUGGCUUAGACAUGUACAUUUUAUUUUGAUUGAAUGCCCUCUGAUUAUUGCAGAGUCCCUGGUGUGUGAGCAUUGUGACAAAGGCUUUGCCAAUGAGAGACUGUUGAGAGACCAUGUACGACAGCAUGGUGAGUGUGCUGUUCUCCACCACUUCUCUGUUCAGUAUUAUUUAGCUCAUUUUCAAUGUCUGGCUUUGACAUGUACAUCUAUUAGUCAAUCAGAUUUAUUUUAGUUGUAGUGCUAUCAAUAGGUUUUGUCAAUAAGAUAUUUCGAUCGGCUGAUGAUGAUGGCUGUUGUCUGUCCAGUUUCUUUAACUGUAAACCUUAUGAGUGAUCUAUCCUCUGCUUCUCCCAGUGAACCAUAUCAAGUGUCCCCUGUGUGACAUGACCUGCACCUCUCUCGCCACUCUGAAGAUCCACAUCAAGUUCCGCCACUGUGACGAGCGACCCUUUCCCUGUGACUUCUGUGAGAGCAGGUUGUUGACCCACAGACUUAUAAAACUUCCCACAACCUACUGACCCUUAUGGACUGUAUACAUAUUGUGAACAUAUUAUUUUGCUUACACUCAGUUGUUUAUGAUGUAUGUCUCCCAGCUUUAAGAACCAGCACGACCUGCGGAAGCACAUGGAGACCCAUAAUGAGGGGGCGGCCUACCACUGCUCUGUAGAGGGCUGUGACUACUCCUCCCGCAUGGCCCACACCAUGAACCAGCACUACAAGAGAGUACACGAGGUACUUCAGACUGCCUGCAGGGGGCCCCAAACACGUACUCAGUGCUCAAUAGAACUACAGAAUCAAGAUCAGUGUCAAAGCUAGACUUUUUCAUUUACAAAAAUGCUUUUGGGUUUGUUGAAUUUUGAUCAAGUGUUCUGUACUUGACACUUGCAUAAUUCUCCUCGGUAGGGUGGAAUGGUCUCGAAAUACAAGUGUCAUCUCUGUGACAAAACCUUCUCUUGGUGUUACACACUCACUCUUCACCUGCGCAAGAAACACCACCUGAAAUGGCCCUCUGGACACUCCCGCUUCAGGUAUGAACAACACUUAAUCUUUCUCUUAUGUGAUGAGUUAACAUGAGUUAGUCAGUUUUACCAUAAGGGGGUGGUUGUUGAUUAUUUGGCUUGCUCCACAGAUACAAGGAAGAUGAAGAUGGCUAUCUGAGGCUGAACAUGGUGCGUUACGAGACCGUGGAGGUGACUCAGGCGAUCAUGAAGAACAUGGCUAAGAAGAGGACGCUCCAUAAGGGCCCCGGGUCCAGCAGCCGAGCCAAGAGAGCUGCCACCCGGGCAGACAGGAGUCACGGCUCUCCCCCUGGUUCCUCCUCCCCCUUUUCUUGCUCCUCCUCUUCCUCAGAGCACUCUGCAGGGGAUGAGAUGUCAGCCCAGCCCAGCCCCAGGGGCAGUGACUCACCUGUGUACUGUGUCCUGAGUAACGUGUCUGAUAUGGGGGAUGACCCCGACACCACCCUGGACGGCUCUGACUCCUGCGGGCCCUCAGGUGCUUUGAGGGCCCUGACUGAGGUGGCCAGGGGUCUGGGGAUGGAUGUGGUGUGA